UUUAAUACUACACACGACCUCAGCAUUACAAAGCCUGAACUGGUUCAACUUCUAGAAGUUGCAACUAUGAAUCAACUAUUCCAAUUUGAUGGCAAUCUUUACGAGCAGACCGACGGUGUGGCCAUGGGUUCUCCAUUGGGCCCACUUAUGGCAAACGCAUUUCUCUGUUCUAUCGAAGAGAAACUAGAUCAAGACAACAAGCUCCCUGAAUUUUACAGAAGGUACGUGGAUGACACGUUUGCUAUUGUCACAAGUGUACCAGCGGCAGAAGAUUUAUUAUCAACGCUAAAUAACUGCCAUCCGUCCAUACACUUCACCAUGGAGCUAGCAUCUGGAAACAAGUUACCUUUUGUCGGUAUGGAAGUGCUCAAGAAAGGCUGUAAACUAGAAACUAGUGUUUAUCGGAAACCAACAAACACAGGCCUAUUGCUUCAUCACCAGAGCCACGUCGAUAAAAGGUACAAGAAAUCACUACUUAAGACCAUGUUGAAUCGUGCAUUCCGCCUGUCGUCCACAUGGGAGUCCUUCAAAUCUGAAUGUGAUCAUCUAAAGAUGAUGUUUACAAACCUCAAGUAUCCCGACCACCUCAUCAAUUCCACCAUCUCUCACUUUGUCACCUCAGUUAGGUCGGAAAACCCUGGAGUGCAAGCUCAAUUAUCCAUCAACGAAAAUGCUGUUCACCGAGUGGUUUUGCCUUUUAAAGAUCAAAAGUCAGCUGACGCAGUGAAAAGGCAAUUAUCAGAUCUAAGCAACAAAAUCGAUCACACCCUUCAUCCCGUGUUCAAGAGUCGCAAAAUCUGUGAAGAUCUCAGAGUACGUGAGCCUAAACCUCCUAUAGUUAGCCAACAAUGCGUUGUAUAUAAUUAUAAAUGUGAUCUGUGUGAUGCAGAGUACGUCGGGUACACCAGCCGGCAUUUACAUCAACGUAUUAAUGAGCACCGUAAUUCGGCCAUCGGCAAACAUCUAAAGAACGACCACGGCCUACAAACCAUCGGCGACCUGACCAAGCAUUUCAACGUACUUAAAAAGUGCACCGGGAAACUGGACUGUUUAGUUCAUGAAAUGCUUUUCAUAAAGAAGAUGAAGCCCUCUUUGAACAAACAAUCGGAUUCCAUACGCGCGAAACUAUUUAUUUAA